GCAGGCGGGUGGGCGGGCAGAAGCCGGCAAGAUGGCGGCGCAGGUGCUGGCGCUGCUGAGGGAUGUGGCGCGGCUGGAAGCGCCGCUGGAGGAGCUGCGCGCGCUGCAGUCGAUGCUGCAGGCCGUGCCGCUCAGCGAAUUUCGUGAGCGAGCAGAGGACCUGCGCCUCGGCCCGCUUUUCUCCCUGCUGAAUGACAACCAACGGGAACAGACCACUUUGUGUGUAUCUAUUCUGGAGCGACUGCUUCAAGCUGUGGAGCCAGUUCAUGUGGCUCGGAACCUCAAGGCUCACCUGCAGAAGGGACUGGCUCACCCAGACGACUCCGUCAAAAUCCUCACUCUGACCCAGGUUGGAAGAAUUGUUGAAAAUUCUGAUGCUGUUACUGAGAUUCUGAAUAAUGCUGAACUACUAAAACAAAUAGUUUUUUGCAUUGGUGCAGAGAAUCUGUCUGUGGCUAAAGCGGCCAUUAAAUCCCUGUCAAGAAUGUCACUAACCCAAGCUGGGCUGGAGGCAUUAUUUGAAAGCAGUCUGCUGGAUGAUUUGAAAAAUGUAAUGAAAACAAGUGACAUUGUUCGAUACAGGGUAUAUGAGCUAAUUGUGGAGAUUUCCUCUGUGUCACCAGAAUCUUUAAGCUACUGCACCAGCAGUGGGUUGAUAACGCAGCUCCUGAGAGAGCUGACGGGGGAGGAUGUGCUGGUCAGAGCCACGUGUAUAGAAAUGGUGACAUCACUGGCAUACACACAUCAUGGGCGACAGUUUCUUGCCCAAGAAGGAGUGAUUGACCAGGUUUCUAAUAUAAUUGUUGGGGCAGAUUCAGACCCUUUCUCCAGUUUCUACUUACCAGGAUUUGUGAAGUUUUUUGGAAACCUAGCUGUCAUGGAUAGUCCACAGCAGAUCUGUGAGCGCUAUCCUGUGUUUGUGGAAAAAGUCUUUGAAAUGACAGACAGUCAGGACCCCACCAUGAUCGGUGUUGCCGUGGACACAGUUGGAAUCCUGGGAUCCAACGUUGAAGGAAAACAAGUUCUCCACAAAACAGGAACUCGCUUUGAACGCUUGCUGAUGAGAAUAGGCCAUCAAGCAAAGAAUGCCUCCACAGAGCUGAAAAUUAGAUGUCUGGAUGCCAUUUCAUCCAUUUUGUAUUUACCAUCUGAGCAGCAGACAGAUGACCUCUUGAGGAUGACAGAAUCCUGGUUUUCUUCCUUGUCUCGGGACCCACUGGAGCUCUUCCGUGGCAUCAGUACUCAGCCCUUCCCUGAACUACACUGUGCUGCCCUGAAAGUGCUCACGGCCAUUGCAGAUCAGCCCUGGGCUCAGAAGCUGAUGUUCAACAGUCCAGGUUUUAUAGAGUAUGUGAUGGACCGGUCCGUGGAGCGUGACAAAGCUUCAAAGGACGCCAAAUAUGAACUGGUGAAAGCACUUGCCAAUUCUAAGACAAUUGCAGAGAUCUUCGGGAACCCUAAUUAUUUGAGGCUCAGAGCUUACCUGAGUGAAGGUCCGUACUAUGUGAAACCCGUGGCCACAACAGCUGUCGAAGGAGCGGAGUGACUUCUCCCAGAACCCAUUAGGGAGGACAGUAUUCGGACCAGAACACCUCCUGAAGUGUUUGGCUGCGCCUGUAUUUUGCAGACUUUCUUCACCCACGCCCCGACCUCCCACCCUGAAUUAUCAUGACACCUCUGAUGUGACUCACCAACAUUAGGUUUCUGUAUCUAAAUACAAAAUAGAACCAGGAGUUUGGAAGAUAUUAAGCUGAGGCAGGCCUGGUCUGGUUAGAGGCAGGCUUUUCCUCGAUUCCUUUGACUGCCUUAAUCUUGGCCACAAGAUGAAAGUUUUGUUCCCUCCAAGUUCUCAGACAUUUUCAGGAUUUUACUUAAGUAUCUAAUUCAAAGAAAAUGCAACUAAACUAUU